AUGUGUCUCAUCAAUGAAUCAGGGGCAUCAACUCAAGUGAAACAUCUUGAGACAUGCGACAGCAGUGUGCAACACAAGCCAGAUGUCUGUAGCAGGCACAGUGGCUCUUACUACAGAACCAGCUACUUCUCUGGCUAUGACAGCGUAGCUAAAUCCACAAACGCAUUGCAAGACCUAUGCAAUGUAAGCAAAGUAGUGUUUGCAAUGCUUCUGAGCAUACUUCCGCCUUCAUCAGAGCGAAAAUGUCAUGUCACUGCUGAAAAUAGGCUUCUUUUAUUUCUUAUGAAUUUAAAGCUUGGAAUGAGCUACUCAUCACUGGCUAUUCAUUUCUCUGUAAGCGAAACGUCAGCAUCACGGCAUUUCAAGAGUGUUCUAAAGACACUCGCUGUGGCAACCAAACAAUGGAUUUUUCGUCCCCCAUCAAGAGUGAUUGAGGCCACGAUGCCUGACAGUUUUAAGGUGCAUUAUCCUGGCUGUACAAUGAUUAUUGAUUGCACUGAAAUACGUACAGAGCAGCCACCAACUGUGCAACAAGAACGAGUCUUGUACUCGAAUUACAAAGGGUCAUAUACACUGAAGUUUUUAGUGGCUGUAACACCAGGAGGGAUGAUCUGCUUUUGUUCAAAAGCCUAUGGUGGCAGACUGCCCGAUGCCCACGUUACAGUCGAUUCUGGGUUCCUAGACCUUGUUCAACCAGGGGAUACCAUUCUUGCCGAUAAGGGAUUCCCAGGCAUCCAAACAGUUCUAGGAAACCAGAAUGCUGUCCUAGUUAUGCCUCCGUUUCUCCAUGCCUCUCAGUUUUCACCAGAGGAGGUGCGGGACACAUACAAUAUCGCGCAAGUGCGGAUACAUGUUGAACGAAUGAUUCAGAGGAUCAAAAUCUAUAACGGCUUGAACAACAAGGUACCAACCGAGCUUAUCCCAUGUAUGAAUGAUGUCUUUCAUGUCUGCUGCGUGCUAGCUAACCUGCAGCUCCCAAUAAUUAAGUGCAAAGAACAGCCACAGUCAUCUGCCAUAUCUGCAUCAUGA